AUGCCUACAAUUCAGAACUCUGCCGCCAUUUUUAACUCUGUCCCUAAAGAGUACCCCGUUCUCAACGAAACUAUUAUCAAGGGCACCAGUAUAAUUGAUCUUGAUAGUGCUACACUUAACGGUGGAAUACUUGUGAAGUCAGUAUAUCUGUCUAUCGACCCACAUUUACGGGGAAGAAUGCGGAAAGUAUCUUCGCAGUCCUAUGUCGAUAGUUUCAAAAUCGGUAAGCCGAUCACAGAUUUUGGAAUCGGGAAGGUGAUUCAAUCCAAGAAAGACGAAGUUUUUCUAGAUGAUUUACUCUAUGUUCAAGAGCUUUCAUUUCAGGAGUACAAUGUAUUGCGACCUGAACAUCCGGCUAGAGUUAUCAAAGAGAAACCAGACGUCCCGCUCUCUGCAUAUAUUGGCGUCCUUGGAAUGCCUGGUAUGACGGCAUUUUACGGGCUCGAGACUAUAGGCAAGCCGGUUAAAGGGGAGACCAUAUUCGUCUCAUCAGGUGCCAGUGCGGUUGAGUCGCUUGUAGCUCAGCUCACCAAAGCGAAAGGUCUCAAGGUCAUAGCAUCCGUUGGCUCUGACGAAAAAAUUAAAUUCUUGGAGGACAUCGGCGUCGAUGUACCUUUUGGUUACAAGACACAAAGCAUUGCGGAUGUUGUUGCAAAGGAAGGGCCGAUUGAUAUUUACUGGGAUAACGUUGGCGGCUCGACCUUAGAGAACGCAACGCAUAUACUUCUCAAACAACUUACAGUCAAAGGGGUUUUCGUUUUGACCGGAGAGAAGGAAUAUGAAGGCCAACUUAAUAAUACAAUCAAACUCCUUGGUAAAUUAUUUCCACUCGUCCAAUCCGGGCAAAUCAAGCGGUCAGAGCAGACACUCAAAGGGCUUGACAGUGUUGGAGAAGGAGUUAUCGCCGUGCAAUCAGGGGCAAAUACCGCAAAGGUUGUUAUCGAAGUGUAA